AUGACGUUUACAUUGCAAGAAGGAGGAUUUGGGGUGGGGGACUAUGUGGCUUUUGGAGUACUCUGUGCCUCAUCAUGUGCUGGAGGGUUGUGGUACAGCGCCGUAGGUUCUCGGAGUAAAGCUGUUUUAGACAUCAAAGAUUACUUGCUUGGAGGCAAGGCUAUGUCUACUUUCCCGGUCGCCAUGUCUCUGAUAGCCAGUUAUGUCUCCGGUGUUACAAUAUUAGGAACACCGGCGGAAAUAUACAACUACGGUACACAGUACUGGUUGGUGAUAUUUGGUGUGAUACUUAGCUGUGUGAUUGUGGCGACGGUGUAUCUUCCAGUAUUCUGUACGCUUAGACUCUCCUCAUCAUAUGAGUAUUUAGAGCUUCGGUUUAAUCGCCAUGUGCGUGCUGUGGCAUCAAUUCUUUUCCUUUUAGAUGAGGUAUUGUUCCUGCCAAUGGUUGUUUAUGUUCCUGCAUUAGCAUUUAAUCAAUUAACGGGUUUCAAUGUUUUUGCCGUGGGUGGCGCUAUGGUUGCUAUAUGCGGCCUCUAUACAGUAUUAGGUGGUCUUAGAGCGGUGGUGUGGACGGAUUCAGUGCAGACGGGUAUAAUGUUUAUUGGGGUGCUGUUAGUAGCAGCAGCAGGGACUCUGGCGGUGGGCGGGGUGAAUGCAGUUCUCGAUAUUGCCAAUGAAUCUGGACGACUUGAUCUAUCCAAUUGGAGUUUUUCUCCAUACGAGCGUCAGACGGGAUGGGGCGCAGUUGUAGGCGGGUUUCUGUACUGGACUUGUUUCAACUCUGUCAACCAGACUAUGGUACAGCGUUACAUCGCCUUACCGAGUAAAAGAAAAGCUAUUACCGCCCUAGCCAUAUUCUGUUUCGGUGCUAUCCUGGCUAUAUCGCUGUGCGUGUGGUGCGGGCUGGCGGCGUGGGGCGCGUGGGUGCGCGGCGGCUGCGACCCCGGCGGCGUGCCGCUGGUGGACGACCGCCUGCUACCUGCCUUUGUCACAUACGUGGCCAGGGUGCAGCAUUUACCUGGUCUAUCUGGUGUCUUCUUGGCUGGAGUGUUUGGUGCUGGGUUGAGCUCUCUCUCAGCAGUUUUAAACGCUUGCGCUCUUGUAGCGAUAGAAGAUAUAUUGCGUGGCUGGCUUCGUCUUAGGCUUAGGCCCUUGACUGAAGGCAUUCUAGCGCGCUCUGUGACCGCUGCCCUAGCACUCAUGUCUAUUAUUACGCUAAUUAUUAUAGAAAAACUUGGAGGAGUGCUCGGGGUAGCGACAGCUCUAUCAGCGAUCGCAGCAAGCGCAACAUGCGGCAUGUUCACGCUGGGCAUGGCGUGCUGGUGGGUGGGCCCGCGCGGCGCGGCGGCGGGCGCGGCGGCGGGCGCGCUGCUGGCGGGCACGGUGUCGCUGGGCACGCAGGCGGCGGCCGCGCGCGGCCUGCGCGCGCCGCCGCUCGGCCUGUCCGCUGCGUGUGCGGCCAACUCCACUUUUGUUGUGCACGAUAAUUUUGACCCAGAAACAAUAUUUCCACUAUUCCGCGUGUCGUACCAUUGGAUCGCUCCCCUGGGUCUUGUCGCCACGCUGGUAGUAGGCGCCAUCAUCGGCUGGUUUUUCGACAAAAGAGAUACUUCUAAGAUGGAUGCUGAAUUAUUCACACCCGUUAUGUGGAGAUUUUUACCGAAAGAAGCUCACGAAAAUUCUGGAAUGACAAGACGAAACUUAAACACUAAAGAGGUGGACCCGCCAGCGCCAUCUGCGCCGCUUAUUAUGGAACAUAUGUCAGAUAAGAUUGAA